AUGAAAAUAUUGUUUACUCUGUACAUUAAUGCUUGGAAUCAUCCAAGAAGAAAUUCAAUGAAGAGUGCAAUCAUAGUUCGCUCGUCUAUGGAAUGGAUGACAAAGGAAAACUACAUAGACUGUGGGUUAUUCCUUAUGAAACACAUGGAAACAUAUAAAGGUGGGGAUCCGAAUAAAUGGAUUGUGGGUUUGGAGCCUGAAUUCGCAGACAGUGAUGACCAACAGAUACAGCUAAAUGAAUUGAGAAAGAAGUAUGUUACAAAAAUUUUGACAUCAGAUUUGAACAUUAUCAAACCAUCUCUCAACAGAAAGUUAGCAUCAUACGAUAAGUUGUCUGAUGCGGAGAAGGAAAACUUGAACACUGAAGAACAUCUCCAACGCAUUGAGCUCAGAAUCAGUUUGUUUUAUUAG